GUGGCCAGGCGGAAUCCCUGCGUUUGUAGUGCACUUGGAGCUGGCCAUAGGCACAUAGUGCCACGUUGCGUUAGUUUUAUAGAGGCAUGGAAUAAAUGUAACAACGUCCAAGCUCAUCAGCAGCCGGAGCUGGGGUACAGCUGCGUUAUUGAGCUUUUUUCCAAGCCGGUACUUUUCUUCCUAACAAAAAAAAAGCAAGAUGUUAACUGACAGCAUAAUAGAGGAUUUUGAACGCCGGGAGGAGGAACCGUGGUACCAGCAGCACCAGAAUAUGGAGCACGACCUACACCUGGCAGCUGAGUUGGGGAAAACGUUGUUGGAACGCAAUACAGAAUUGGAGGAAGCCCUUCAGCAAAUGUAUGGGACCAAUCAGGAGCAGCUCCAAGAGAUUGAGUAUUUAACAAAACAGAUCGAACUCCUCCGUCAGAUGAAUGAGCAACAUGCUAAAGUUUAUGAGCAACUUGAUGUGACUGCUCGAGAGUUGGAGGUGACCAAUCAGAAACUUGUAAUGGAAAGCAAGGCAUCACAAAAUAAGAUUAUGAGCUUAGCAGAGACGAUCGAGAGUCUACAGUCUCAUGUUGAUGAGCUCCAGAGACAAUUGGAGGAGCUGAAGGACAGUUCACGACAAGAGGGAACUGACCAAAAGAGGACGAUGCAUAGCCUUCCGUGUCUGAAAGAGUUAUAUGAUCUUAGAAAGUACUUUGUGUACGACCACUUGUUUGCUGCCGAGAUCACGUCUGAUGAAACGCACAUUCAUCCGCUGGAGGACGAGAAUGAGAAACUAAAGAAGAAUAUGAGGAUGCUGCAGGCUCAGCUGACCCUGGAGAGACAGAGGAGAGAGUGUGUGGAGCAGGAAUAUUCUCUGUUGCUGAAGGAGAACGGUGAGCUGGAGAGAAGCCUCUCCAGUUUGGAUGAGUACAAACAAAGUAUCCAAGAGCUGGAGAACAAAGUGAUGGAAUUGCGACAGAGAGGUCAAGGGGCGGCUAAUUUUGUCAGCGUGGUGGACAAUCUGCUCCCUGAAUCCUUCCUGUUUUCUGGGAAGGAUUCUUUGGGCAUUGAGCAAUUCUCUGGGAUCAAGGUUUGUGUGAAUGGAGAGAGCUUGCCGGCUGAGCAGACUCCAUUGCUGUCCAGUGAGACCGUGCAGAAGAGCAGCUCUGAUGAAGAUCUGGUGAAAGGCCAUGAGCAGACCUGUAUCAGGAGGGCUGAGGCAGUUCGCCAGCGAGGCAUCUCCCUUCUGAACGAGGUGGACGAGCAGUACAUUGCCCUGCAGAUGAAAUACAAUGAGCUGCUGAGCAGGUGCCAUCCCCAGGGGGAGACACUGAACCACAAAGCUGUGCAAACCUCUCAGCGUCUCUCCCAGGACAAGGCUGGUCAAAGCGUUCCCAUUGCUGAGCCCUUGAGGAAUGAUUCAGUGACUUGUACUGCUCAGCAACUUCCCACUGUGGAACUGACCAGCUCUGCCAAUAACUCCCAGCCAGAAUACAAAGUUUUGUUCAAAGAAAUCUUCAGUUGUAUCCAAAAAACGAAAGAAGAGAUCAAUGAAAGCCGAUCAAAAUACAAAUCUGUCUCCUUGCAAUAUCCAAAUGUAGCUCAACUACAGCAAGAGGAAUAGAAAAAUUACCAGUAUUGUAUCUGUAGUUGCAAUAAAGCAUUAGGAACUGAAAAGCCACCAGACAACCUCGUAACUUAUUUUGUAAAACAAAUAUUCCUUUACAAUUCUCUGUCCCAUUAGAGGAAGGACUUGAAAGGAUCCAAGAAUCAAAAGGAGCUGUUUGAUAUAAAUGUAUUUGUAAGUUGUGUGUGUGUGUGGGACUUUCUCAAGCAAAGAAAGUCCACAUUUUUAAAAAACAAAAUGUAUUUCUACCUUUGGAUUGUCUGUAUGAUUAUUGUUCAUUUUCUAAAUGUAAAGAAUCUUGAGUUACUGAAAUAGAUGGUUUAUAUAAACUGCAGGGGAAGGAGCAGCUAUUUUCCAAUAAUCCCAAGACCCGCGUAGCCAGAGAGGUUUUUGUAUCAGUCUCAGGUGUUAUUGGCCUCUUUACAAUGGGAGUGCCACAUUGGCCUGGGUUGGUGAUGCCAGGCUGGAAACCUCUGUACACUACCUGGUGACCUUCACAGGAGCAUGUCUAUGAAUUGAGUUUGUGCUGAACCCACGGCCCAAUAACUUUUUCUACCAGGUGAUAUCAAAACUCACAGUAUAAUCACUGAAGUACCCUGGAAUAGUGUCCCAUUGUGGACUGACUCCCUUUAACCCCUGUUAUUCUCUAUUAUAUAAAGAAUUGCUUUGCUUCAAAGGUGGGGAAAGAGGGAUGGUGUUGGAAAUAAUGCUUAGUGAGUUUUUUUUUCCUGAGCAUACUGGCGUAUACCUCGCUCUUAUUUGAAAGAAUAAAAUUGUGUAGGAGCAAAACUGUCUUUAGUUCAGUUUUAUAUUGCUGCACAUUCCUAUUGUGUAAUACUGUGUACAGGGCAUUUCAAAAUCUCUCUUCACUCAAGUGUUAUUGUCAGGUUGGUACAAGACUUUGUUUCCUCCUUUUUGAGGAAUGUAUGAGGUUACAUUUGGAAAUGUCCACUUAACAUUCUGAGUUUGAGAAGGACUUGCAUUUUAUAUACAUCAGCCAGGAUGUUCCAAAGUGCUUUACAGCCUAUUAUUGCAUAAUAAUAGUCAGCAUUUCAGAAAGAACUGAGACAGCAGUGAUGUGAUGGUAACCAGAUAAGUUGAGUGUUCUUGCAUUUCUCCAAUCUGUUGACCAGUUAGAGAUCUUCUACUGAUGUUGAAUCAUCCUUUUUAUGUUCAAUAGGAGCCUGCUGCAUGACCUGCUGGCUAAGCUACAAUUGGGUGACGAGCCAGACCAUAUUCACGGCUGCUUUUUAAAAAUUUCAGAUGUGAACACGCUGGGUGGAAGUGUGUGUUGGCAGCUGCAGUUUGGUUGGCAAGCUCAAUUGAGAAAAUGCUGCAAAUUCAGCACGUCAGCAUCAAUGAAGAGGGGAGUUAUUAAUAUUGCAAGUAUGAAUGCUUCUUUAGAACUGGAGAUCACAGGACAAUUGCAGGAAAAAAUAGGUGGAAUAAGAGGACAUGCAAUGAUUUGUGUAGUGCUUAAGUGGUGAAUGGGAGAGGCUGCUAGGAAUGAGAUGUGUACUUGGGGGACACCCCACGUUUAAUUUUUGAGCUUGAUGAGUUAAUGUUUUGAGCUGGAAAGUAGGAGUGAAAUGGGUUUUGGAUUUGCAGGAAACCAGUAGUGAGAAGGUAAGUGAAGGAUAAAAUACACAAGUGGAAGAAUGGGAAGAGAAGGGAACAGAACUGUCAACCAUUGGCUAGUGGUACCUUAGGAGGUGACUGAGAUACUGGGUAUUUGUGAAUUUGGCUGAAUUGACUAACACUGCCAGGCUUUCCAUGAGAAGUGACAAAUGAAAUUCUGGAAAUGUUCCAAGGAGUAAUUGAUUUCCUAAGGGGAAAACAGCAUAAGCAGCACUUUGGGAUUUAACUGCUACCAAAUUCAGGUGUUUAGCUUCGGUCGAUUUAAUUAUAUACAACUCACCAUAGAUUUGAGGCAAGCUGUGGAACACUGCAUCCUUCCGGACAUGAAUGUGCUUUAUGAUUACAGAAGUUUAUGAUGGUUUUCAAAAGGCUUUAUUUUUAAAUACAUGGCUUGCUACACCAGCCACACUGCCUAUGUUUGUCAGUCACUUUGUGCUGCGUUUUUUAUGAACCAAUUGGAAACUUAAACUUGUGGUACUCUUGAGAUUUGUCCCUUUUGUCACAUAUCUGACUACAGGAGUUGAUCGAAUCCGAACAACUUGUUUUGUGAAUUCACAAUGUCUAAACUUGAAAUAGGUGGUUGGUAGAAAUGAGAAUUUAAAUUCAAAAGUUGGUUUAAUGCAGUGUUUCGUAUGACAAUGUAGAAUUGUUCUGGAAUUGUUGAUUUAUAUUGAACAUUGUCUCCAUUUGCUGAAAUUGUUCAAGUCAGUAUUUGAAGUUCAUAAUAAAUAACUUCUGAUUUUCAGCUUUUAUGGUUUGUUUAUGCCUUGGUCCAAUUUUAUAUAAGCCUGGAAAAACUCAAAACUCAAA